GUCAUUAUAUGGAGCCUAACGAAACGUGCGUUUAUGUUAUUGGUCGGAUAUUUGUGUAACUAUAGAUCUGUUUUAGCCGGUCUAUAAUUUUUAAAGGCAAUGAAGGUAUCGGUGACAAAAUAGGUCGUAAGGAGUGAGUGUGGUGAAAUGUUGUACACUUAGAAGUAGGUUUCAAUCAUACAAACCUGUUCAUUGUGUGAUACAAACCAGCAGGCAGCACGACGAUCUAGUCACGUACGCACACCUUGGUCGAGAGUCUCGACACACAAUCCUGAAUAACAGUGGUGCCUACUAUCACACUUGCUAUGAGCGAACACUCAACGUAAUCAUGGGCGUCCUGAGCACCUGUCAAUGCACCUGUCAAUAUCAGUGUUGUUUAGACAUGUACAUGAAAAGGAGGAGCCAUAAAAUGUCAUGGAUAGACCAGCAUAUACUUGUACAAAUACUAUUGUCACUGGUGGUAAAACUAAAUCCAGGCACAGUACCAACUGUACGUCUUACACCAUGUACAACGACGAAAAUGACUAUGUUCAACCAAAUCUACACACCAGUAGCAGCAGCGAUAAAAGAAAACGCCUCUUACCUGUUUUAAUUGCAAUAACUGGAUUUUUUGUUGUUUGUACUGCACCGUUGCUGUAUGUAUUUGGACCUGUAGAAGAGGAUAUGCUAUCUGUACCUUACAUUAAACUACCACGUCCUGAAUUCCAUCGAUCUUCCUCCAACAAUUCACACCAGACACCCACCACUCCAGAUCAUUAUCAAGCUGGAGAGUUUCUACGGGACACCCGAGUUGCAGAUCAUUGUCACUUGCCCGAUGUUCCAGCCUUGGGAAUGGAAGGUUUCUAUAUAAAAGAGGAAUACUUUUUGGAACAAGUUCAUGUCAUCUUGUCAUCAGGGGAGACAACUCCAAAACAACUCCAUCCGAAAAUUCCACCGGCAGAUUGUAAUUUUAAAUCAUCCACAGUUGAACCAUUUGAAGAUUUUCCGGCCACUGUAAAUGGUUACAUCAGAGCAAACAAGGCGCACACAGAAUUUAUCAACCACACUAUAUUACAUAACAGGAAGUGUCCCCCUGGACAGUUAUCUCCCCUCGGAAUGGCAAAGUUACGUCAACAUGGAAGAUAUCUGCGAGACACAUAUUCAGAUUUGUUUGAACAUGGAUCAGAAAUACAUCAUUCCAAUAAAUGGAUAAAAGUUUUAAGUGGACAGGACGCCAGCUCAUUCCAUUCAACUCUAUCUUUUCUCAGUGGCUUUUUACCACGAAAGCACGUCCACACAGUCAAUGUUGAGAAAGUAACCAAUCGACUGUGUGACAUGUCCCAGACAGAAUGCCAUUGUCCAAACAUAGCUCGCUCUGCACCAUUUCUCAUGGACAGUGUCUUGAACCAUACGCAGGGCUCCGAUUCGCAGAUACCUGCCAAUAAGUCAUUUAGUAAGUUUUUGGAGAAAUUCUGCAAAAGGAAUAUGAGUUCUGUAGAUGCACUCAAUCAGCUUUCUCCUCUCAUAUGUGAUAAAUCCCUACCCUCGACAGGAUGUCGGGGUAAUCGUUGCUGGAAUGUAUCCAGGUCUCAUAUAGGAAGGCUAUUUCAGGUUUUAGACAAACAUAUAGAGAAAUGGAUGACCCACAUUCCUAACCUGGAACACAGUCGCCUCUAUGUUUUUCCAUUUCUUAAUUCUUUAUUAAAUUCCAUCAAAAAUGUUCAACUUGCAACAUCUCCAAGGUUGCUUGUUUACACAAGUAACGAAGAGUUCAUGCUCCACUUGCUGACAGCCAUGGAGAACAAAUUGGAAAAGUUUCCACGCUCUGGGUCUCGACUCGUCUUCGAACUUCUGUCAAAAUCGCAACAACAGAAGAAACACUACUUCCUGCGUGUGCUCUUCAACGGCCGUGAUGUCACUACUAGCAUUCCUCUCUGUAGUCGUCGCUAUGACGAGAGAGUCUGUCCACUGAAAUACUUUGCAGACUAUCACAAUUUGAAUUUUAAAAAUAUGUUUUCUAAGUCAAAUUAUGAAGAAAGGUGUUCAUGAUCUGGUUUGUUGCGUUUGUUUGCAAGGUUUUAUAACCUCACAACAGCUUAGAUCAUAAUUAUAUAUAUAAGGCAACAUGCAGGUUUGUUAAAUCAGAUAGAUUUUUUCAUACUUUUGACAACAAAGUCUUUUUUGGAUUGGGAUGUUACUCUGUAGAAUCAGGGUGUCUGUUGGUACGAUGCACCACUGCUUAUUACCUAAUCUCCACCAAUUUUUCAGAAACUUUCUACUCUACACAUGAUCAGUCCACUAGUUUGUAUGUAUGACCUUGCAAUUCAAACUUUUUAUUUUUAUUUUUUUGUUAUUUGAA